CUCAAAAAGAAGGCAUAAAAGUGAAUCGACACGAUGAACUAUGGGUCAGUUCUUUGUGUCUGUUUCUACCCGAAGGUUCAAAUGCUGGAACGAAAAAGAAAAGAUGCGGCUUGUAAAACCGUUUAUAUAUUCGGUGGUGAUGUGCAUAAUUGCUGAAUCCAGUGGUGCAGCGUUGAUGCGAACGUCGAGAUCGAUUCCGUUCGAUUUAUCUCCGUCAAGGUGGUCCGGCAUGUUUCGGACUGUUUGGUCGGGAGAGCGGUUUUGGGAAUGGCCACGAAACAGCGUCCUGGGUCUGUUGAAAUUGUUAACUUCCCCAGAUACAAGAAAGAAGAUGGCCUUUGAAUUUAGACCCGAGGAUGGACCGCGCGCCUCUUACGCCUAUCAAAAACGUUAUGGAUAUAGGGGCCAAUGGUUGAUCGAAUUACUUGGUUCCGGUUUCAACUCUAACGGUAUCACCUUUUUCCAAUCCCUGCCAACUACUGUACUGGUUCCACCACCGCCUUCUUUGUGAGGAAUUUCUUUAGCGUAUUGCAGUAAGAUGUACAUAAGGGGGGGGGAGUCAUUAAGUGUCGAUCAACCGAUACAUUUGUCUUUGAACAUUCCUGUAAUCACGCAAACGAUUUUCCAC